CCUACAAGUUAUAACGCUAGUUCUACUCGCAGUUACCUUUUAUUCCUAGUUUCAUUUGUUUGUUAUUACUUGUGAUUUCGUCCUACGAUUAAAAAUGUUUUCCAAAGUAUUUAAAAAUGUCAUCAACCAAGGAGCUAGACAGUAUUCCUCAAAGAAAGGUUUAAAAGUAACAGUAUGUGGAGGAUCAGGCGGCAUUGGUCAACCCUUGUCGCUGUUGUUAAAACAAAGUCCACUCAUCACGGAUUUAGCUAUUUAUGAUAUUGCUCCAGUCACUCCAGGUGUAGUKGCUGAUCUAAGUCACAUGGAUACUAAUUCAAAUGUAACCAGCCAUGUUGGUUUGGACAACUUAAAAGAUGCAGUAGCUGAUACUGAUGUAGUUAUUAUUCCAGCAGGAAUUCCCCGUAAACCUGGUAUGACACGAGAUGAUUUAUUUAAUACAAAUAUUUCAAUUGUAUGCGAUAUUAUUAAGGUUAUUGGACAAGUCAGUCCUCACGCUCUUGUUGGAAUUAUAUCAAAUCCAGUAAGUAYUUAUUUUUAUAAUUUAACUAGUGGUUUAGAAGCUGGUACUGAAGUAGUCCAAGCUAAGGCUGGAGCUGGUUCUGCAACCCUGUCUAUGGCAUUUGCAGGCGCCAAAUUUACGACUUCUAUGUGUCGAGCGAUUCUUGGAGAACCAAAUGUCGUGGAAUGCUCAUUUGUAGAAUCGACAGUGACCGACUCGCCCUACUUUAGUACACCAGUUCUUAUUGGGAAAAAUGGAAUUGAAAAAAACUUUGGCAUGGGAAAUCUGUCAGAUUUUGAAAAAGAUUUACUUAAGGCUGCCUUACCUGAACUAGCUUCCAACAUUAAGAAAGGAGCAGAUUUUGGCAAGAACUACAAAUAAAUKUCAUUAUAAGUAGAUAAUUUAUUUUCAAUCCAUUGUAUUAUUACAACAUCAUACUGCUACUUAAAAGUAUUUAAAUUGAAAUUGUACCCUCUCUUUGUUAUCCUUCUACAUGACAAUAUCUUAGGUUUACCGAAUAUUAUUAUGUACAAGAUAUAAGAAAUUGCUUGACAUUAAAUUAUAAACAUUAGGCUAUGAUUUGUUAUUUAAU